CCAUCUCUCGUUCCAGUUUCUGAUUAGAUUCAACAAUGAACGGCGCAUUAGGUAACUCCUCCGCCUCCGUGAGCGGCGGAGAAGGAGCCGGAGGACCAGCUCCUUUCUUGGUAAAGACCUACGAGAUGGUCGACGAUUCAUCAACGGACCAGAUUGUAUCGUGGAGCGCUAACAACAACAGCUUCAUCGUUUGGAAUCAUGCGGAAUUUUCACGCCUUCUUCUUCCAACCUACUUCAAGCACAAUAACUUCUCUUCCUUCAUUCGUCAGCUCAAUACCUAUGGGUUCAGAAAGAUUGAUCCAGAGAGGUGGGAAUUUUUGAAUGAUGAUUUUAUUAAGGAUCAGAAGCAUCUUCUCAAGAAUAUACAUAGAAGGAAACCUAUACACAGCCACAGUCAUCCACCUGCUUCGUCGACAGAUCAAGAAAGAGCAGUGUUGCAAGAGCAAAUGGACAAGCUUUCACGUGAAAAAGCUGCAAUUGAAGCUAAGCUUUUAAAGUUCAAACAACAGAAGGCUGUAGCAAAGCAUCAGUUUGAGGAAAUGACUGAGCAUGUUGAUGAUAUGGAGAAGAGGCAGAAGAAGCUGCUGAAUUUCUUGGAAACGGCAAUUCGGAAUCCUACUUUUGUUAAGAAUUUUGGCCGUAAAGUCGAGCAAUUGGAUAUUUCAGCUUACAAUAAAAAGCGAAGGCUCCCUGAAGUUGAGCAAUCAAAGCCACCUUCGGAAGAUUCUCAUCUGGAUAAUAGCAGUGGUAGCUCGAGACGCGAGUCUGGAAACAUUUUCCAUCAAAAUUUCUCUAAUAAAUUGCGACUAGAGCUUUCUCCAGCUGUUUCAGAUAUGAACAUGGUUUCACACAGUAUACAAAGUUCCAAUGAAGAAGGUGGGAGUCCCAAAGGGAUACUGUCAGGAGGUGAUCCAAAAACUACACUAACAAGAAGAGAAGGCCUACCAUUUGCACCUGAAGCACUAGAGCUUGCGGAUACCGGGACAUGCCCGAGGAGAUUACUGUUAAACGACAGUACAAGAGUGGAGACCUUGCAGCAGAGGCUAACUUCUUCAGAGGAGACUGAUGGUAGCUUUUCAUGUCAUUUAAAUCUAACCCUGGCUUCUGCUCCAUUACCGGAGAAGACCGCUUCACAGUUAGCUAAGACGACUCUUAAAAGUCAGGAGAUAGGAAGAUGUACCGAGUUAAACUUCAACUCAAUAGAAACAAGUGCAAGUGAGAAAAAUCGGGGUAGACAAGAGGUUGCAGUUGUAGGUAGCCAAGCAAAUGCAGCUCCUCCAGCAAGAGUGAAUGAUGUAUUCUGGGAACAGUUCCUAACAGAAAGGCCGGGGUCUUCAGAUAAUGAGGAGGCAAGUUCGACUUAUAGAGGUAACCCAGACGAAGAGCAAGAGGAGACAAGAAACGGGAAUAUGAUGUCACGUUACAUCAACAAGAGAAUAUGGUCUGUGGUUUUGGUAAGAACUAUGGCUGAAGGAGUCCAAUGUGAAACCACUUUGACAUAUGUGCAGGACACAGCAGUUCUUCAGUAUCUGGGCAUUAAGUUUGUUCUAGUUCCUGGAACUCAACUGCAAAUCGACCAGCUUCUAGAGAUGGCUAGAUGGGAUCAGAUUUUCUCCUUACCUGUGCAAAAUCCUACUCUGCCAGAAUUUUCUUCUGCCGAUCUUGUUUGGUCAAAGGUUGAAGGUUACCGGGACAAUAUUGAUAGGUUAGCCCUCAUCCCGUAUACUAGGGUGGAUGAUUUUGUAAGAGGUGAAUCCUCGAAUAAAGAUUGUCCUACAAGUUUCCAUGUCGAAGCUAGACGACGGAAAGCCAAAGGGAAAAAAUAUAAGCCAAAGGUGGAUGGCAUCCUGGAGUAUAUUCUGUAUUGGUGUUCCUUUGGCCCGGAUGACAAUAGGAAAGGCGGAGCUGUACGACCAAGUAGGAGCACAUAUGUUCCGAAAAAGAACAAUGCAGGCCGACCCAACUCUAAGAGAGGUUGUAGGUGUCAUUUCAUUGUGAAACGCUUAAUCGCAGAACCAACUGUGGCUUUAGUAAUUUAUAACAAUGACAAGCAUGUAGAUGAAAAAGGGUUGCCCUGCCACGGUCCACAAGACAAAAAGGCGGCUGGAACAAGAGCCAUGUUUGCUCCAUAUAUAUCAGAAGACCUUAGGCUACGUGUAUCAUCUUUGCUCUAUGUGGGUGUCUCUGUGGAGACCAUAAUGCAAAGGCAUAAUGAAUCAGUGGAAAAACAAGGUGGUCCAAGUAACCGAGAUGAUUUGUUAACUCAUAGAUAUGUACGAAGACUUGAGAGGAGUAUUCGACGUUCAACAUAUGAGCUCAAUGAAGAUGAUGAUGUCAGCAUCAGCAUGUGGGUUGAAAGUCACCAAAGUCAUGUGUUUUUCUUCGAUGGGUUCUCUGAUACAGACCCUUUUUCCUUGGGUAUCCAAACUGAGUGGCAGUUGCAACAAAUGAUUAGAUUUGGAAACUGUAGACUUUUGGCUUCAGACUCAAGGUUUGGGACAAAUACACUCAAGUAUCCUAUCCAUAGUCUUGUUGUAUUCGACUCUGAGAAUAAGGCUAUUCCAGUUGCUUGGAUAAUUGCACCGCGGUUUUCCAGUGGAGAUGCAUAUAGAUGGAUGAGAGCUCUUUGUAACCGAGUCCAUGCCAAGGAUCCCUCCUGGAAGGUGGCUGGGUUCAUAGUUGAUGAUCCUUUUGCUGACAUAAUAACGAUCAGGGAUGUAUUUCAGUGUCCAGUCUUGUUUUCCUUUUGGCGUGUUCGCCAUGCAUGGCAUAAGAACAUAAUCAAGAGAUGUCCAGAAACAGAGACACGCGUUAUGAUUUCAAGACAUCUUGGGCAGGCUGUAGAUAAAAUCUGUAGAAGGCAAGGAACAGCCACAUUGUUUGACAGUUUUGCGGAGGAUUUUGUUGAUAGUCCAGAAUUUGUGGAGUACUUCAGAUCUGUUUGGUCUCCCAGAAUAGGAGCCUGGACAAGUGCGUUACAAUCUCUUCCCUUGGCAAGCCAAGAGACUUGUGCAGCGAUGGAGCUUUAUCACUAUCAGCUGAAGUGCAGGCUUUUGAAUGAGAGGGACUCUGAAGCUUAUCAACGUGCUGAUUGGUUGGUCGAUAAGUUAGGGACAAAAGUACAUUCUUACUUCUGGCUUGAUGAAUAUUCUGGAAAAGAUAACUUUGCCAGGUACUGGAAAGAGGAAUGGGUGAGCGGGUUGACUUCCUUCCGCAAAGCAUUGAGUAUACCAGAUUCUGAUGUUGUUAUCUCUGGUAUAUCUGCAAAAAUAACAGAUGAGUGUGAUGGCAACGAAAUUCAUGUUGUGUGGAAUCCAGGUUCACAGUUUGGGGUUUGCAGUUGCAGCUGGGCAGAAAAAGGAUACUUAUGUAAGCACAUGAUCAAACUUACACAACUCUGUCUAGGAAACCGAGCUGAAAGGCAAUCCGCGAGCCUUCUACAGUAUUAUCAGACCUUGAUUGAUCUGCUACACUGCCCACCUCACGAUUCGUUGUUUCGUGAUUAUGCAAUCUCUUUAGCCGUCUCUGUGGAAAAGCAAAUUAACGCACCCGGCAAUCUGCAAAAGAGUGAUGCUAACGAAGGUAACUUGCAGAAAGAAAUUGCUUUCAGUGAACCAUCUAAUGGAAAAUCUCUUGAUGAAUCUGACUUGCUAGAUAAACAUGAGGGUCAUGGCGAAGUUGCUACUAAUUUAGAUGGUGCUUUGAGUAAAAUGCCAAUGAGUUGUCUGCGGGUCUGCUCAGAAAAUUUAGAAGACAUUAUUUUGGGUUCUGAAAUGGAAAUCGAACCUUCGCCAUGUUCAACCAAAGCUGCUGCAGAAGAUGUUACCUCUACUGUGCAGAAUGGUACAGACAGCGUGAACGAGAAUUGUGAAAGAGGUGCGAAAAGACACAAACUGAGAAGCAACAUCUCUCGGGUCUCAGGAAACUUGAUUCCAGUGAGCAUUCCACUUCAUAACUAUGUUGACGAGGCUCCUACAAAGAGAAAAUUGAACGAAACCAUUUUGGUGACAUCGUGUCUUCCCUACAACGUGAAUGAGACAUCCAAGGACACUUGCUUUGGUCUGAAAGCAACAAAGCUCUCAAGUAAUCCGGUGAGUGUCUUGUACUCACCGUUCCAUGGAUUUCCUAAACUAUAGACUUCUUAAAUAGAUCCAUGAAAGCCACUAAUGAGAGUGUCUCUGUCGACUUUUCUAUGCCGGAGAUGGAACUACCAAAUUGUAAAUUGGAUAGUUGAGUUAUUAGUAUAACUCUCAAAUUACCUUGUUUCUCAAAUUUUCGUUGUGGAAAUUGUGGAAUAAACUGAAUACUAGUCU